AUGUCAAGUGAUCAUCCAGGGAGGGAGAAUAUUCGGCGGUUUUUCGAUUCUUUUACGGUCACUGGCCCGGACGGUCGACAUAUCGUGCUGGUUCAAGAACCCGCAUGUAUCAGCCUGUUCGAUCUCAAACAAUCAAUGCCAGAGGAAAGAUUUCCAGAAGAGAUGGUCAAAUCUAUCCUAACGGAGUUACUCCAGGCCCUAGAUUUCCUACAUACUGAAUGCAAGGCUGUACACACCGAUGUUCAUAUCGGUAAUUUGUUAGCAUGUGGGAGUGACAGCGAGAAUUCCAAAUUCAAAGAUAUUGAGGAAUCCGAAAUGGACAACCCGUCGGCACGCAAGCAGGUAUCGCAUGACCGAACCAUUUAUGCCUCGCGGGCAAUCCUUCCGAAGCAAGGACCGCUGCGGCUUUCCGAUUUCGGCGAAGCUAGGAUCGGGCCUGGGCCGUAUGAUUAUCCCGCCAUGCCUAUGCCACUUCGCGCGCCUGAGAUAGUGCUCGAGGUACCGUGGAGCUAUCCGAUUGAUAUUUGGUGUGUUGGGCUUACAGCAUGUGAACUUCUUGGGCUGAAUAGGCUUUUCAAUUCCGACCACACAGCCGGCGAUAUGUAUGAGGCAGCCCACUUUACAGAGCUGAUUGCUGUGUUGGGUCCGCCGCCUGCUGCGUUUCUGGCGCUCAAUCCUGAGAAGGCGGCUGAGUUCUGGGAUGAAGAGGGGAGAUGGAAGGAAAUUGUCCCCAUUCCUGAGAUGGGCAUGCUUGAUUCGCUAGAAGGUCAAAUGGGUCUACCUCUUGCCUUUGUGGAGUUCAUGCGCAGGACUUUGGUCUGGAUGCCAAAUGAGAGAGCGACUGCUAAAGAUCUUCUAGAGGAUCCUUGGUUGAAAGAAUGA